AUGGCGAAGAAGAAACGGGCGACUUCGAAGCUUGCCAAAAUCGUUACUGAUGUCGAGAAUACCUCCGAUCUCCCUUCGAUCCAAAUCGAAGAUAAUGUCUCUGAAGCUACUCCGUCCCCAAUCACGAUAGACGAACAGCCUGCCCCAGUCGAGAAUGACGAACAGCCUACCCCUGAGAUUUUUCUCGACUCGAGCGAGAACUUGGAAGGAGAUCCAGUUGACGACGGUCCGAUUAUCUUGCCGAAUGUUCGGGCUAACCCCCCUUUCAGGGUUUUUGAGGGGUUUAUUAAAGGAAUCUGGGGUAAUCUGGGGGUUGAGAGGAUUGCGCGAAUGAAUUCGGGUUUCACUCUUGUUAGUUUCAGAGAUGCGGUGACAAGGGACCUUUUACUAGAAACAGGGGUGAUUCACUUUGAUAAAAAACCUGUUAUUCUAAGACCCUGGACGGCAGAUAUGGAUGCUGAGAGAAUUGUUAAGUCAGUCCCUGUUUGUGUGCGAUUGAAUGGACUUGGUUUGCAAUAUUGGGGUAGAAACAAUCUUAGUGCGCUUGUUAGUACCAUUGGCAAACCAAUUAUGGUUGACAAGGUCACUUUAAGUAGAACUAUGAUUAAAUAUGCUAGAGUUUUAGUGGACAUUGAGAUUUCAGAUUGUCCACCUAAAACAAUAGCAUAUAUCAAUGAGAGAAAGCAACUUCCAGAACAGACCGUUGAAUAUGAAUGGCUUCCGUCAAAGUGUGGGGCAUGUGGUCUUCUUUGA